AUGGAAGAAAGAGCAACCAUCUUAGCAGCAAUCUCCACCCUCCCUCCUUCCCAACUCUCCCACCUCUCCCUCUCCCUCCUCUCAGCCACUCACCUCCACCGCCUUCGCCUCUCCUCCGUCCUCUCCUCCCCUUCUCUCUUCUCCGCCACCCUCCGCCACCUACACUCUAUCUCCCUCCCCGAAAAGUACCUCCUCAUCGCUCGCCACCUCCUCUUCUCUCUCCACCGGAUCACCACCCACUUCCUCUCCGACCUCACCAUCCCAUCUCCGCCUUCGCCGCCUAUGUCCACCGCCAUUCGACAGAGAGACCUGAACGCCGUCCUCCUCCUCCUCUUUUUCUGCGAGACCCACCAACACAACCCCACAGUCCUGGAGGAGAAUUAUUCGGAUUGGAGGCUCAGCUUAUGUAAUAUUUUCUCUGAUAAGUUGCUGACAGCUGCUUAUUCUCCCGUUGGGGCGAGUACUUGGACGGCUCUGGCUCCUUACGUUGAUAUGGUGAGUCGGAGCUGGAGACUUGUGAAGAUAAGUUGCGGCGGGGGGAAGAAGGGGGCGUCGCCGGAGACGAUGGCGGGACUUCCGGGCGUAGAAGUGAAGGAAGGCGGAAGGGAGUGUGUAAUAUGUAAAGAGGAGAUGAAGGUGGGGAAGGACGUGUGCGAAUUACCAUGCGAGCAUGGGUUUCAUUGGAUGUGUAUAUUGCCGUGGCUGAAGAACAACGACACGUGUCCUUGCUGUCGCUACCGAUUGCCGUCCGAUGAUGUCUUCGGCGAGAUCCAACGGUUAAUGGAUAUGUUGAUUAAAUUGAGCGGGCGGCAAAGCCUGGUUUAGUCAUGAGUGCGUCCAACCUUCACACCAUACGUGCA